UUGUAUCCCCUCGGCGCCUUUACCUCCGUCAAUGAUGACCUAGUCUACUCUCCCCUGUAUGAGACUCGGACAAUGCUCUCCCCGCUAUGCUACGCUGCGCUUCAAGGCUUGGAUGAGGCUAUUCGUUUUCUGUUCCUCUUUCGAAAGGAGGACGAACAGAGGGACUUGGACUUUGCCCUAUUCUUAGCCAACCGUUCUGGGCACCUAAAAACGGCUGACUUGCUUUUGAGCUACGGAGCAAACCCGGGACAGGAGUCUUUUUCCAAUGGUUUACAUGGUGCCGCCUGGCGAGGGCUGAAGAGUGUGAUAUACCAUUAUAUCAAUAACCUCCAUGCCAACCCUGAUAUUAACGAUGCAUCAUUCACGACACCAGUUACGUAUGCCAUGCUUAACAAACAAGACGAACAGGAUGCUUGGGAUACUAUUGAGUGUCUCUUUGGGUUAGGAGCGAAUCCUUUGGCUAGAUUUGGUAAUCGGGGUUGGACUUGUGCCGAUCUUGCAUGGGAGAUGGGGAAAAAGGAUUUAGCACAAAGACUCGAGGAUUUCGCAAAAUCUGGUUCACCAUCUAUUUCGACUUAUCCAGCAGCAGUUGCACGACCUCUAGGUUACCGUUACGUGAGGCAGCCUGUAGAGCAUUGCCGUAAUAGCCGCCCUGCGCGUUGA